ACCACCACCAUAAAAUAACCUGCCUACAAUAAUAUAAAUAUCCUUAUAGAUAUUGCUUUUUUUUUUUCAUUUUGACAUCUCUAAUUGCGUAAUUAGUUGUCAUAAUCAUUUUUUUUUAAUUAAUUUUCCUCAUGUGACUAAUUUGAAAAAAAAAAACCAAAGUUCUUAUACACUAUUGUACCCUGUCUGGUCAUUGUUUUUUAAAUUUAAAUUUUAAGGAUAAUUGAAUGUUAUUCAAAAAAUUUAAAAACAAAUUAACUGUUUAAGAAUUGUUGAAAAUAAUUAUUGAAUAAUGAAAAAGCAAGUGGCAGAUCCUUAUAGUGCUGAUUGUGUCCUUGUUUGAUUCAACUCUUUCUCCUCUUUUGCCUCUUUCUCUUCUCCACCUUGCCUUGAUGUGAGUGCCGUUCAACUCAGUUCAACUUUGCCUCGCCUUCCAUUCCUCAGCUUCGUACUUGUUGUUGUUGUUGUUAUUAUUAAUAUUAUAUACAUCAAUAUUCAUCAUCAUCACUAUCAUCACUAUUCACUAGUACAUAUCUUGUAUUAGUACAAUAAUUCUGUCAUUGAUAAAAAUCCAUAAAUCCAAUAAAAGAUUUUAUGAAUUUGUCCAUGUAUCCAUCAAUAAAUAAAUAAAUAAAUCAAUCAAUCAAUAGGUAUCAUACAGCAGUAAAGGGAUUGUCAAGUUGUCUAUGUUUUAAUACAUGGAUAAUCUUGAAAUUUACAAUUUAUUUGUAAAUUAAUUACAGUUAUUAUUAAUUAAUAAUAAAUAUACAAGAUAUCUAUUGUGUGUGCUUGUGUUGUGUUGUGUUGUGUGUAUUGUGUAAUAAAUCAAAUCAAGAACCCAGCUAUAUUCAAAAAAAGUGCCAAUAAAAAUUGUUGUUAUCAAUAUUAUUAUCUAAAAAAUAUAAUAAAUUGAGGAAAAAAGUGAAAAACUAAAUAUGUCGGUUCUAAAUCAGAGUGGUGAUGAUGCUGUUGAGUGUCCUCUGUGUAUGGAACCACUGGAAGUUGAUGAUCUUAAUUUUUUUCCUUGCACAUGUGGCUAUCAAAUAUGUAGAUUUUGUUGGCAUCGAAUUCGUACAGAUGAAAAUGGUCUUUGUCCAGCAUGUAGAAAAGCAUACUCUGAAAAUCCAGCUGAUUUUAAGCCAUUAUCAAAAGAAGAAAUAUCAAAAUUAAAAGUUGAAAAAAGACUAAAAGAUCAACAACGCAAGGCUAAAGUAUCUGAAGGACGUAGUCGUCUUGCAAAUGUUAGAGUUGUUCAAAAAAAUCUUGUUUUUGUUGUGGGUUUACCAAUACGACUGGCUGAUGCUGAAGUUCUCAAAAGACACGAGUAUUUUGGUAAAUUUGGAAAAAUUCACAAAGUUGUUAUCAAUCAAAGUACAUCUUAUGCUGGAGCACAAGGACCAAGUGCAUCAGCAUAUGUAACCUAUCAGCGUCAAGAGGAUGCAUUACGUGCGAUUGAAGCAGUUAAUAAUAUUGCUGUUGAUGGUCGUACUAUUAAAACAUCAUUGGGUACAACAAAGUAUUGUUCAAAUUUUAUGAAAAAUUUACCCUGUCCCAAGGCUGAUUGUAUGUAUUUACAUGAUCUUGGUGAUCAAGAAGCUUCAUUUACCAAGGAAGAAAUGCAUCAGGGUAAACAUCAAGAUUACGAACGAAAACUUGUAUCAUCUCUUCAUUCUCAUGUAUCUGUGUCAUUAAAUAGAAAACCAACACCAUCACCACCUACAACUGGCAAUAAUAGCAAUAAUAGCAAUAGUAGUAGUAGUAUUAUUAGUAUUAUUAGUAAUAAUAAUAAUAAUAAUAAUAAUACACUACGUGAAAAUGGAACUAUUAUUAAUUGUCAAACAAAAGAAGCUUGGCCUUCAUUGCAAAUUGGUCAAACUAGCAGUACCACCCUGAUAAUUGGAAGUAAAGACACAGUAUCAUCGCAACAAUCAGGUGUUACAAUUUUAUCUUCAUCUUCUCCUUUGCCUAUUUCAUCAACGACAACGACAACAACAACAACUACUUCUUCAUCAUCAUCAUCCUCUUCUUUAUCUUUAUCUUCUUCUUCUUCUUCCUCGUCUUCAUCGUCAUCCUCAUCAUCAUCAUCAUCUAAUCAAAAUAUAAAUAAUGCUAUUGAUGUUACAUCAAUGCCAGUAGCAAUUGUACCACCGACAACGACAACAACAACAACAAUAAUAAAUGAAAAAUUUAUAUCUCCAUCAUCCUCAUUAUCAUCAUCAUCAUCAUCAUCAUCAUCAUCGUCAUCAUCCUCACCAUCGUCUCCUUCACCACCAAUAACAUCAUCAUCAACAAUACAACAACACAUUAAUAAUAAUAAUAAUAAUAAUAAUAAUAAUAAAGGAGAAAUAAAUACUGAUGAAUUAAAUAUUCGACGUGACAAAAGUAAUACGAAUAAUGAUAGCAAAACUCAAGUUGCUCGUAAUAAACAUAAAAACAGUCAAAAUAAAGAAAAACAUUGUGUUAAUAAUAACAAUAAUAGUAUUCAAUCUAUUAAUGAUGAUACAAUAAUAUCACAACAACAACUACUAAUAAAUGGUGGACAAAAAAAUAUAAUAUCAGAUGCUGAUUAUAUCGAUGAUAGUGAUAUUAAUAAUGCAAUUGAUGAUAAUGAUGAUAAUGAUGACGACGAUGACGACGAUGAUGUAGAUAAUAAUGAUGAUGAUAAUAGUGAUACAAUAACUAUUAAUAAAUAUAGUAAUAAUCAAGAUAAAAUAAUAAUUCAUACAAAUAAUCAGAAUAAUCGACAACGAGAUAACAGUGAAACAAGUAAUUUCAUUGAACAAUCCUUACGUGAUAUCAAAUUAAAUGGUGUUAAUCAAAAUUACAAUCAUCAUAACAACAACAACCACAACCACCAUCAACAUCAACAUCAACAUUAUCAUCAUCAUCAUCAUCAUCAUACGGAAAAUAUUAGUGACAAUGAAAUAAAUCAACGAGAUGCCAUAACACCAGCAAGUUCAGCAACAUCAUGUGAUGAUACAAAUAGUAAUAUUGAUAGCAGUUGUAAUGUCAGUAGCAGUAGUAGUACUGGUAGUUGUAAUAAUAUCACAUCAGAUAGAUUUGAUGUUAUUGAUGAUCAUCAAUGUGUUUCAAAUAAAUUGGAUUCAUCAUUAACAAGCACCAAAAGUAUAUUAUCAUCUUCAAUAAGCCAUCAAUCAGGACCACCUGGUUUAAUAAAUGUCAAUGGAAUGCCACAAGUUAAUCAUCAUCGUUCUAUAUUUCAAUCGGACAACAAUAGUUUCUUUAGUUCAAAUACAUUUCAAAAAAUAUCUAGUGUUGGUACAGCUCCAUCAACAAAUCAAUUACAACAAAGUGGUAAUGUUAAUGUUGAUUGGACAACAACUUGUUUAGUAUCAAUACCAGAUUCAUUGCCAUCAGUUCAUUCAAGUGAAGAUUGGCAAGCAGCAUUUGGCUUUCAACCAGAGAAAAAUCGUUCUAUUCAUAAUCAAAAUAAUUUAGUAAGUUCACCGUCAUCAGUAUCAUCACAAUUACCCUUACCAUUACCACCAUCAUCAACAACAGCAACAACAAAAACAACAACAACAAAUACAACAAAUACAACACAAUUUAAUACUGAUAAAUAUAUUAUUGACAAUAACAAUGAUAACGACAAUGACAAUGACAAUGACAAUGAUGUAAAUGAAGAUGAUGAAUAUAUUAUUAAUACUCAAUAUAAUAAUAAUAAUAGUAAAACAAAAUUAAAUAAUAAUCAAACAACAAAUGAUUAUGAUUCAACAACAACAAAAAGUAUUAAUAAUAAAAACAACAACAAUAAUAAUAAUUCAGCAGCAACAAAAUUCAUGGCUGAUUUUCAACAAAAUUCAAUUCAACAGAGGCUAACACUACAAGCACAACAAAAUCAAGAAAACUGUAAUUACAUCAGACACAAUGGUCAUGGUCCAGGUCUUGAAGUAUUCAAAGGAACAGAUAAUAAUGAUGCUAAAUCAGAUGAUGAUUUAGGAUUUGAUCCAUUUCAUGAAACACAAAAAGCCUUGGCUGAACUUAUGGAAAAUGAAUUACAACAUCAACAACAACAACAAAGACUUGAACAACAGCGUCAAUUGCAACAGCAACAACAACAACAACAACAAUUGCAGCAACAACAACUACAAUUACAACAGCAACAACAACAACAACAACAUCUUCAGCAAUCACAAUUACCACCACAUAAUCAUCAUCAUCAUCAUCACCAUCAUCAUCAUCAUCAACAGCAGCAGCAGCAACAACAACAACAACAACAACUACAACAACAUAAUCAUCACCAUCAUCAACAACAGUUACAACAACAACAACAAUUACAACAUAAUCGUCAAAAUCAUUAUUUUCAUCAUAGCACAAAUAGUGUUACAAGUUCUACUCCUCAUCAGCAACAACCUCAAACACAGUUGCAUCAACGAGAUCGUGAUGAAAGUAAUUUACGAACACAUCAAAAUAUUGUAUUGAAUCAAGCAGCACAUUUAGCUCAUUUUCAAGUGGCACAACAACAACAACAACAACAACAAGUUCAACAUAUUCAAAGUAUUCCGACUAUUCAUCAGUCACAUCCAUUUGUGUCUCGUCUUCCACAAAAUUUAUUAUCAAAUCCAGUGCAAAGUCCACAAACAGCAUUAACACCACCACCGCCACCACCACUACCAAAUGUUACUAGUGCUAGUAGUAAUAAUUUAGGUCAACGCAGUAGAUUACCACCACCUGGAUUUCCUGGUUCUACACCAAAUCAUAUAAAUUCAUUUGGUCUAGGAAUUUCACGAUCAGCAACAAUUGUUAAUUCAUCAUCUCAACAACAACCAACAAAUUCUUAUCUUCCAAAUAGUAAUUCUUUAAUUGGUACAAAUCAAAGUAUAACAAAAUGUAAUAAUGAUACAGUUUUUGGAAUAAAAGAUUGGAGUGAUAUUAAUUCUCAACAACAAUCAAAUGGUGUUGGCAAUGGUGCUUCAACAUUUCAUCAUUCAAUACAUCAAAAAGGUUGGAAUAAUUUUAGUCCAGUUGCUGAUUGGACAUCAAUUGAUCCAGCAAUUGUUAGUUCAUCUAGACCUUUGACAUUUCAAGCUACCAACACAUGGCAAUUUCCUAGAAUUCAUCCAACAUCACACAAUGCCCAACAGGAGCAAAAUAAUCCCGCUCUUCAACACUGGGCAAUGCAGCCACCACCAGGUUUUGGUGGACCAAAUUCUAGUGUUGCUCAACAAACAAACACAGCUACACAAUCGCACAAUAAACUCAUUUCCGCAGGUCCAGAAAUUGAAAACUUGUAAAUGCAAUAAAUGUUAAACAAGUGUCAAGACAAGAGUGAUAUAAAGUUGAUGUAAUAAUAAUAAUGAUGAUGAUGAUGACUGCAGGAUAAAUUACUUGGGCCACUUUUAUUUUUGGCUAUUUCACUGAAUAAAUUUUGUCAAAUAUAAAUGCUUUUUAAUAACAAUCAAUGAUAAUUCAGCUUUUACCAUUUGCUGUUGUUAUUUUAAUUUAUUAAAUAAAUUGAAACAUCAUAAAAAAAAAAGAUGAUAAUUAGUAAAAAAAGAAAAAAUUUAUUAUGAGCUACUUUGAUGAUUUAGUAGCACAUCAAUAAAAUUACAUUUAUUUAAAUAAAUGCAGAAAUGAAAUUGAACAA